AAUGAACGUUUCCUUUGCUGCUCUUGUUAAGCAUAUGUGUUGGAUUUUGCUUACCUUUAAUAAUUUAAACACGAAUGAACCAGCAUAGCCACCUCAUCUCUUAAAAUCCAACCAUCAUCAUCACUAUCACAUUUAUGAGAUGGUGGUGCAAGAUAGAUUUGGAUAGAAUGUAAUGCAAUGUGUUGCAAAAGGUAGGGAGAGAGAGAGAGAGAUGCAGAACAAGAUCUCAAUUUUAAAUACAUGUGUAUCAUACGUAUUUCUCCUAUGCCUGCCCAAUUUUUGUCCCCUUGUGAUCGCUGCUGUAUUUCAUUGUAAUAUUUGCCCUAUUGCUUUUCUAUACUUCUUGUCAGUGGUGGUGGUUGGUUUGGUUUGGAUGGUUGUUUGAUGAUGGACGAAUCUUUUAGACCUUUUCACUUUAGCUAACUGAUAUCCAACCAUCCAAUCCUGCACCGUAUAUACACUUAUAUAUAAUCUCAAUCUCAUUCACAUAACCAGCCGAAAAAAUGUAAAAUUGUUCAUGGAUUUUUAUAUUGAUAUACAACUACUGGGAAAAAGAAUGGCAGAUGAAGCGGAGAAGUUGAUAAAUCUCUCUCUCUGCAAAAUGGCUGAAUCCAGAACAAUUCGCCGUGGUGGGACCAGCCUUCACAAACACCUUUUAAUCUCCACCGUCCUGACCAAAGCCCGCAGUGCUUACUUUGAAACAUGGUACAUGGGAGAGGGGGAAGCCAUCGAUUCAAGAACGGGCCGUCCUAUUGACCUGAACACGAGUUACCAAGGGCUGGAAUUUCCGUUAGACGAGGACGAUGAUGAUGACGAUGACGACGACAAUGAUAGCGACCAACUCGACUUGGCAGACUCAUCCACUUCAUAUUUAGAACAAGUUUCAAACCCCGGUCCAACAACAGAAGUCAGCAGCAGCUCUUCGUCAUCUGAUCUUAACAGUGCUAUUAUUGACGUAAACAGCAAAAACCUAAUUGAUCCACGAUAUUUUGUGGAAGUGGGAACGGAGAAUGAGAGUGAAAUCGAUUUGCCUUCCGAUAUUUUAAACUGUGUGGAAAAGAUGGGAGAUAUAAGUGAUAUGAGUUUCGGAGUCGACGAUAGUGCCUCAUCAACCGCAUCUUCUCAAACUGUAGUAGUGUCUGCAAACAACGUCGUGGUGGUGCAUACCUCCAAUAAUAAUAAUAAUAAUAAUGUGCUAAUUGAAUCUUGUGGUUCAAACCCUCUUCAAUCCGACCACGACCAACACCACCGCCACCAUAAUCUACCUUCGCAGCAGUCUACCCAAUUAGUUUACUUGGACCUUGAUUCCACUGGAUAUGCAACUGAGAGAACGACGGAGCAUCAAAGUGACGUAAAUCACCAUCUUCAUCAUCAACCGUCCCCACCCGAUACAUCAGCAUUAGACAGUGACGAGGAGCCAGUCUUUGGAUCACCAUCUCAUACCUCCACACCUCGUCCAAACGCAUCGAAACGGCGUCGCAAUUGGGGUUUGGAAGAAGAGCUGGAUGAUGAUGACGAAACAACCGAAAAUAAUGAGGAGGACUCCACAAGACAAUCUGCACUGUUUCCACCAUACUCUGAUGAAAUUCGUUCUUCUGCUGCAGCAGCUAAUAAACGUAAUUUGGUUUCAAAACGGUUGAGGUUCUCUCCCACAAAUGAAGACGAUGAAGACGACUCGGGUGUCUCCAACAUGUCUUUUCUGCCAUCAUCACUACUCCCCACAGUUGAGGAAUUUGCCAGUUCAAGCAGUUCUUCUAUUACUAUUGCAAUGAGCAACGAGUUUCGUACAAAAAAGUCACACUUUGAAGAAGAUGAACAAGAAGAACCGGAAGAUGAUCCUUUUUUGGGAGAUGCUCUCUUGGGUCAGAAUUUAUAUGACCCUGAUUCCGAUCAGUUACUUCAACGGCGUAAAAAUGAUCAACGUGAAAAAAUCAAAAAUGAUCAACGUGUUCCUUCAGCUUCCGGUGGUAGCUCCAGUGAUGAAGAUGGAGAUCAAGGGGAAAGUGAGAGCUGUAUGGAAGUUGACCAAAUCACUAAUCUUGUCCAGAUAAUUUCAUUUAACAAACCACAACCCUCCCAACAACAUGUUCAUUCUCCAAUGUUCCUACCCUCAUCAUCAUCUUCUUCUUCUGCAGCAGCAGCAGUCACGACCUGUUCCAUUUCAACAUCUUCUUCCCAUUCUUCCGAAACAUUGACCUCGUCAUCAUCAUCCUCUCCAUCGUUGUUGCAGCAACAGUCUUCAUCAAGUCAUCUUGUGCGUUCAAUGUCGAGUCCUGAUUUAUGUGGGUUGGCAAGUUCAUCCAAGUUUGUGUCCUCUACUUCUACAAACAAUGCCAAAGAUAUUGAUAUUUUUACCUUUAGUAGUAGAAGUGGUAAUGGAAACCAUAAUAACUCCAACAACCCCACCAUUAGUCAUCGCGUACUUACAAUGACCGUAUGAGUCACGAGAAUUCCGUUAAUGUUAAUUCCAUCAGCAGCAGGACAACGAUUCAUGAAUGACUACUACUACUUGAUUGAUAAAGAUAACAACAACCAAGAGAUACUGAUCUGUAGUAGUCGUCUAGUCGGGUCAGUUAAUAUGUGGUUCAUUUUUUUCAUUUUUUCUCAAAAUUUUAAUAGUUCCAAAUCCAAUUGAUGAUACAAACAAAUUGCAUACAUUUUUAACACAGUUUAUAUAAACACGUUAGAUAUGCAAAGCCUUCUUAUUUUUUCAAAACUCUUAGUAUGCUUAUUAAAGAGUGUAACAAAACGCAAAGUUUUGGCCCCAGACCAACGAGCAAAGAAACAAUUUUAUGGACAAUGAAAAUUCAUAACUUUAUUGUUUGUUUGUGAGUUUCAUUAGUUGUCAGUAUCAUAGAUCUCAUUUCAAAAAUUACCUUUCCCCAUCCAGUUCUUCUAUCAUAUUAUAUAAUAUUGGUCGUUGUUGUUUAUUUGUAGGAAAGAGUUGUGCUCUAUUACUCAUUGUAAUGAACUUCUAUUUAUUCCUGUUGAUUUUAUUAUUGUUGUAUCUAUUUCAUAUUUCUUGUGUUUCUGUCGAUAUAUAGAUUUAUAUACUUGGACUAAUUAAACACUACAUUUGUUUUUAACAUCUUGUUAGUAAAAUUCUCGUCAGAAAAUAUAAUCAGUCUUUACUACUAAUAAAUCGCGUUUAUUUAUGUCCAGCCUAUCGUUGCCUACAAUUUAUGUAUGGUAUAUGGAGGACUGUAUUUCUAACCUUCUUUUAUAAUUAUUAUAUAUAAUAUAUUAUUAUGUAAAAACAAGCAGCGUAUAAUAUAUAUAACGGGAGGUCGUGGGUUCGUAUCGUACCCCACUGCGAAAAUCCAACUUUUAAACCUAUUAGCGAUUCCGUAUUUAAUUCAAUAUAUAUACGAUUAUAUAUAUUCCUACUAUAUUGUGCAUUAAUCUUGAACCAUUCACAAAAUGGCAACACUUAUCGAGAACGCUGUAACGAAUAAUUCUGUCGAAAAUAAUAUAGGAAUUAUAAUUUUAUAUAAAUAGUGUACGAUAUUUUUGCAAUAAGUCGUCGAUAUCAUACAAAAUGUACACUUUAAGCUAUGAAUUACGAAGGAAUAAAUGAUUUUUAAAAUGUAAA